AGCAUACACUGACGAUGGAUGAAAGAGAUGAUACAGAAUUCCCAACUCAAGGACAUUUUAUCAAGUUAUCUCAGGUAUUUAAUAGCGAGAGAACAACAUUUUUAUUAAUUUGUAUACUUUUUAGAAUGAUAAAUGUUAUACAGAAUUGUUUGAAAUAAACUAGCUGGGUAACGUAUUGAAUACAAAGAUGUUUAUGUGGAGCCUAGCAAGACAGGUUAGGUAAGCUAGCUCGCCAUGCCUAUACCAAGGCGAAUUCCUUCCAUGCUCCUGUUUACAUGUGGGCUGGGUAACGUAUUGAAUACAAAGAUGUUUAUGUGGAGCCUAGCAGACAGGCUAUGCAUGCAAGCCAGCUCGCCAUGCCUAUACCAAGGUGAUUUCCUUCCAUGCUCCUGUUUACAUGUGGGCUGGGUAACGUAUUGAAUACAAAGAUGUUUAUGUGGAGCCGAGCAAGACAGGCUAUGCAUGCAAGCUAGCUCGCCAUGCCUAUACCAAGGUGAUUUCCUUCCAUGCUCCUGUUUACAUGUGGGCUGGGUAACGUAUUGAAUACAAAGAUGUUUAUGUGGAGCCGAGCAAGACAGGCUAUGCAUGCAAGCCAGCUCGCCAUGCCUAUACCAAGGUGAUUUCCUUCCAUGCUCCUGUUUACAUGUGGGCUGGGUAACGUAUUGAAUACAAAGAUGUUUAUGUGGAGCCGAGCAAGACAGGCUAUGCAUGCAAGCUAGCUUGCCAUGCCUACCAAGGCGAAUUCCUUCCAUGCUCCUGUUUACAUGUGGGCUGGGUAACGUAUUGAAUACAAAGAUGUUUAUGUGGAGCCGAGCAAGACAGGCUAUGCAUGCAAGCUAGCUCGCCAUGCCUACCAAGGCGAAUUCCAUCCUAUGCAUGCUCCUGUUUACAUGUGCGAUUUCGGUGACGCAGUCGUCAGAGCAAGCGCCUUUCAGCUGUGAUAAGGAGGGUUCGAUUCUCGCUACGGGCCCAUGUGAGAAGAGUCCGUCAACGCUCUGUUGAAAAGUCGUGGGUUUUCUCCGGGUGCUCCGGUUUCCUCCCACUGGAAAAGUUGACAGGGUGGAUUAGAAAGACACAUGCAGUUAAGAAAGCAAUAUCACAAUUGUUGCAAAAGAUAAAAUAGUUUAGGCUAAGUGUAUAAUACAUUAAUACUUGAUGCAAAGCGCAUUUGAUCAUAUCCACAUGUAAAUUUGCGCUAUAGAAAUGUUAAUCUUAAUCUUACUGUACAUGGAAGUCGCAGGGAAAUUGUGAGCAUGGCCCGCAUUCUGCUGUGUCGACACUUUCUUUGCAUAACAUACACUUAAGGAGGCUCCCUACAGUUGCGUGCGGGAUCUUCGCGGGACCAGUACGUGAACUAUCCCACGCAACCGCAUGAUCAAAACAAAACAACAUUUUCUUUUUAAAAAAAAGCUAUUUCUGAAAGGUUUCUAAUGGGAAAAAGCGUUGAAUAAUACUUCAUUUUGAGUGCCAAAUUACUUGCGAGUCUAUACAGCAAUUCUACAUAUGAUACGAAUACCACUAGACCAACAAAUAGCUACGAAACAAUGUGUUUUAAUGUUUUUAAAAUAUACAUUGUCAACUGUAAAACAUUUGCAAAAUUGCAUACAAACGUUUAAAAAGUUGUUUAUUUCUCAAGAAAACGUUCACGUUUUUAGUCGUGUUUCUACAAGAUUAAAGUGAUUAUAUGUAAACAGAAAAAUAUUUCAGUUUCAUAGCCUAAUUGUUCAUUUUUAGCAAAAAGUACAAAACCAAACAUGAAACAAAAAAACACGUCCACCUGUUAGUAGGCUGUUACAGCUCAUAGAUUGAGUAAACGGCAGGAUUCAAUUAGCUUCAACCUUGUUUUCAUCGAUUUAAUCCUUCACAAUAAUCCUUGGCUGUCCAUAGCACUCAAAUAAAUCGAAAAGUUGACAAAAACAAAACAGUAAAAACAACAUUGCGGCUCGAUUUUGCUGAAUGAAAACUCGUUCUACGCCCGCGUACAAUCUUUUACUAGUCAGCGACGCUUUUCAAUAGGGGAAUUUCUCGAGUUACACGAGGCUAUUUUCUAACUUUAUUUGCAUUUUACUCAUUAGUUUCAUCGGUGACCUAUCUUCAAAUUUUGACCACGAAUUUAUUUUGCGGUAAAUUUUAUAAAUUUCAAAUUUUAAAAAAAUCUGUAGUGUGGAAAUUUCGCAAUAAAUAUUUCGCUUUUAAAAAAAUCACACACUACAGAAUUUUUUUAAACUUUCACCACAGUUGCAGAGCAUCAUUCCUUAUUGAUAUAUGAAAUAAAAAAGAUAGGUCACCGACAUCGUUUUUGAGAUAGCGGCACAUUUAUGGGUUAAAUUGGAAGGCUUUAUGCUGUCGUCAUGUUGCCAUGGGAACAUUGACAUCGUCGAAAUCUAGUUCGAAAUAUUCCUUAGGUGACCAAUAUUGCCACCAAGUCGAAAAGAAUUCGCGUUUUGCACGAAUAAGCCUGUUUUACGGAAUUAUUGCUUAAACAAGAAUAACUGUAGGGAGCCACCUUAAAGGCCCAUUUCCACUCAAGAAAAAUUUCCACGGACAGAAAAUUUUCCGAAAAUGUCAUUGUUAAAAGUUGAAAAUUUUCAACUUCAAAAUUUUUUUCCGACGGAAAAUUUGUGUCGGCCAAUCACGUUUUACAAAAGUUUUCUUUCCGCGGAAAAUUUUCUUGAGUGGAAAUGGGCCUUAAGGAAUGAAAAAAUAAAAGAAAUGAGAUGAAAAAUGUCGCCAGAGUAAACUGGGCCAUGCUCAAAAUUUCCCUGCGACUACUUUUUACAUGACAAGGCUUAUAUGUCAGAAAUUGUGUUGUUGCAAAAAUUGCCUCGUGUAAUGUGGCCUCGUGUAAUAUGGCCGUAGAUAAGGCGUUCUGAAGCCAACGUUUCAAUCACAAAAACGAGGUUCCGUAUCCAACGCAUUGCACUUUCCGGAAAUGUUUAUUAGGAUUCAGUAAGCUCAACUUGCAUGAUCAGUCGAAAUAUGGUGUGGUUCCUUGAAAUACACGCUUGAAUACAUCUUGGGUCUUAAAAUACAUCUAUAAUAUAGUGUUUAGGUUUGUUUUGGCAAGCAAGCCCUCCAAAACAGUCCCAUGCAUGGAAACAGUGACAUGGAUACAAGUCCCUUCGGUAGGUACACUGUAUAAGUUGGACGACUUCACGGUGCGCAACUCUUUUAAGUUAUUAUUUCAGUAUUACGGUUUAAUGGUUCGAUGAAAUAGUGCCAUUCAACACAAGAAUUGUAUAUUUUCACCGUGCGCAAGCUAGAUUGCAUAGACAUGAACAAAAAUAUAGGUCAAAUACUUUUUACAUAGACCGUUUUUCUAGCCUAUAUAUCUUCACUGACUAUAUACAUGGCAUUAGAGAGGCUAAGAUUGACGUUUACGGCAGACUUCGAACGGCAAACUUCAAGGCGUUUUUUGAGGUCAACUGUUAGCUGUUCGAAGUUUGGACAAUCUGUGCGCUAAGAUUGAAGCAUGAAGUCGCUAAAAACUUGUCGAGACCUUCGAAAACGUGUAAAACGUACCUUUGUUUGCGGUUAGCGGUAAGCCGUAAACGUGAAUCUUAACAUCUCUAAUACUAAACCAACUUUACAGUGUUCACUACUUUCAAAUGACAGGAAUACGCUGGUCUACUUGGUGAUGUAAAUUAUAUAAAGAACGAAGGAGAGCUAAACUUGUUUGGCAGUGGCUCAUGGGAUACGGUAUGAAGAAAAUCAGUAUUUAGUGUUCGUCAUUACUUAUUUCGCAGUACUGUACCUCGGCAACUGUCAUUUUUCUCAAUUCCUAUAUCGUGCAUGCAUGGUUGGGUCGAAAUUUCGUAUUUGAAGACUGCUAAUGUUUAUAAUAUGGCAUUUGUAAAUUCUGAACGCUGAUUUGCUACGAGCCGUGUUGAUAUUUAACAAUUAUUCGCCGAUCGCGAGGUGAUUAUCGGGGAAUAUUCUCUGAGACGAAGUCGAGGCGAAUAUUCUCCGAUAAUCGCCGAGCCUGAGGUGAUUGUGUUUCUUGGGACUGAAUUUAUUUUAAUUUUGCUUAUUUCUUUAGCAGUAACUUCCGCAAAAUGGGUAUUUCGAUUUUGUUAUAUAAAUACGUUAAAUUUGACCAAUCAACUUGUAGGAUUUGUACGUCAAAUUUGACCAAUCAACUUGUAGGAUUUGUUAUCUUCACUUGUGCAAAAAUACUAAACUGUAUAUCAACACGGAAUAUGUUUUAUAUUUGUUAAAUAUAUGUUCUUAAUUUAGGUAUUUUCCAUGUGCGCCAAGGCAGGAUUUCUGAAAUCAUUUUCUGAAAAAUCACAUAUAAACGACAGGUUAGUAAGAGUUACUGUGAAAAGGAAAAAAGACAUGAAAUGUUCUAAGGGCCUGUUAUAUGGUAAGCGAGAUCUCGCUGUGUAGUUAUUUUUAUAGUAAAAAUUAUCGCGCGUUUAUAUGGACAAGCGGUUGGCCCGCUUGCCGAGAUUUUGCUUGAAAGAAGCGAGAUCUCGCUUACCAGGAUGGAAGUUUCUCCAUAUAAACACUCACAAGCGGGCUAGCCCGGUUGCCGGGAUGAAAGUUCAAAGAUACCGCCGCAAGCUAUUUUUAACAACUGUCAAAACAAUGUCAAAACAACAAAUUGUCCCAGCAAGCAGGAUGAAAUUUUCUCAUAUAAACACAAAUUCAUCCCGCUUACUGGGCUGUCUCGGUAAGCGACAUAUAAACAGGCCCUAAACACUAAGCUAAGCGACAUAUAUAAACAGGCCCUAUAACAGGCAUAGGCAUGUGUCCAGCUUCCAUAUAAACAGGCCCUAAAUGUUAAUAUUUAUAGCUGUUCAGAUUUGAAUACCGCUUUACCUCUCACUGGCUCAGUGCGCAUCUGAUUGGUUAAUCGGGCAGAUUAAUCACAUGUGAUUGGUAAUAGCAGCGGUAGUGGAAGCCAAUAUCACUGCAUGAGUACCGUAUCAAAAUUAACUACCUUUUUUUCAGUCAAAUCUGACUAAAAAUGGUAGUUGAUUGCGUUUGGAUUGUGACGUGAAAAUAUUAUCUCUCUUGGAAACUCAACAAAGUAAGAAAAACCUGAACGUACCGCCUUCAUUUCAUUUCAAAGAGUCAAAGCAAUUUUGGGCUGUUCUAAAGGCAUGUAAAGCCUAAAAUCUGGGACUUUAGCCACGGACCAUGCAAAACAUUCUGAAAAAAAACUGGUUAAUACCAUGUCACCCGAAAUUCAAGAUAAAUGUGCAUGUAUUUUGUUCCGCUAUGUGCCGUCAUAUCGCUCGUUUUUUAUCUAUAAUGACGAACAGUUGUGAAAGAGUUUUGUGCGGAAGCAUUUGAUGAUUUUAAUCUAGCCUCACGCUGAUGGGCUGAUUUAAUUAAAACCUUCAAAUAUUUGUCAAAAUAGUGAAUACAUUUGUUUUGGAAUACUCAUUUUAAGAUGUAAAAGACGCUUAAAGUCGGUUUUAAACGGCGGGUUUUCCACAGAGCGAAUUUGUUCGCGCUAAGGUAGUGAAAAAUAAUUUUCGCCGAACGCCGUGAGGAGGUAGGAGCCGAUUCUACUUUUUCGCUGGGAAUUUUGCAGUUGGAGCUGAAAGAAGAUAUAAGUAAAAUUUAUUCGAAAAAAUAAACACGGAAAAAUAAACGUGAAAACUUCUGUCCGAAUGUCAAGUAAAGGACGAAAAUUAAAGAAGUAAGAAAUGGUGCAUGUAUGGGUACACCCCUAUAUUUUAAUGCCAACGGCGUCUUUCCUACAGAUGCGGUGUAUUUUCGGCGAGAAGUCGAAAAACUCUUGCAAAAUAGUUGCCCCUCGGCAAUUUUGUGCGAGUGGAUAGAGCAAAGAACUCUCUAGACCACGCUCCGUGGAACAAAUGCAGUCAUUUGCAUACGUUAUUAUAUUGUCGUCCGUCUUUAUUAGUUUUCUCCGUUUUCAUUCGUUUAGAUUUUUCCUCGGUGGACCGCUAUCUAUACGAGGUUUUAAAACUUAUGGAAUAGGACCAAGAAGACAAAGUAAGCUCAGUUUGCAUUGUCUGGUACAGUGAUGAAUGAAAAUCUUCCAGUUGUGCAUGUUCCUUUACUCGUCACGAAAUUAGAGACUAAAAUUGGAUAAUAUUAUAUGUUAUAUCUUCUUAUUAAAUUAGGAACUACUUGUUACUUUCAAAGUUAUAUUCUAACAUUUGUUUGUGUGUGUGUGUGUUUGUUUGUUUGUUUGUUUGUUUGUUUGUUUGUUUGUUUGUUUGUUUGUUUGUUUGUUUGUUUGUUUGUUUGUUUGUUUUUGUCUGUUUUUGUUUGUUUUUGUUUGUUUGUUUGUUUGUUUGUUUGUUUGUUUGUUUGUUUGUUUGUUUGUUUGUUUGUUUGUUUGUUUGUUUGUUUGUUUGUUUGUUUGUUUGUUUGUUUGUUUGUUUGUUUGUUUGUUUGUUUGUUUGUUUGUUUGUUUGUUUUGUUUGUCAGGAUGGAAGCUCGUGACAAAUAUUAUUAUAUUAACUUAAACGGCUUCAAAUAAAAGUAGCUUGAUAUUUCGCUAAGAGCAUCAUGUUUAUUCUUUGGGUCUUCAUUUUCUUUCACCCCGAAGCUGCGUUUCUACUAUUUAAAACACUCGCAGCCCGCGGUUUAUCACUCUGAUGAACAGCACGAGGGGACAGCCAGGUGAUUUCUAUCUGGUACCGGGCUAUAUGCGAGUGUCGUAUGAGUUCAUUGGCGAAGUAAUUUUAAAAAUCAACGUUGUCUAAGCCGAGAAAAUCGAUCAAAGCUAAGCCUAAAGUUUAUGUAAAAUGACAUGAUUUUUAUCACAUAUUUAACAUAAUUUAAUUUUUACCACCGACACCGUAGUGAUUUCCUUUUCUUUUCCUCGUGAAUUAGGAAAUGAAUUUUGCAAACAAUACAGAAAACUCCGCCUAUAAGCCCUUUACUGGGCUGACAGUUGCAUCCUGGUACCCAGGGUCUUUCCUCUUAGGGCAAAAGACCCUGGUGAACGCUGGUCACGUGAUCUGCUAAAAUCUAGCAUAUUUCUAAUUAGCUAUCUUGGAUUCCUUUACGACAAUCAUACAAAAUGCAAAUUAUAAAUUAAAUUAAACUAUAAAAAUUAUCCAAAUAUCAAAUAUGUAUUGACCUCAUCUUGGAUUGCUAAUUAAAAAUCUGCUAGGUUUUAGCAGAUCACGUGACCAGCGUCUACCAGGAUCUUUUCUUCCCUCGCUAAGAGGAAAGAUCCUGGGAACGAGUUUGUGACAGUUGCAGGUUUGGUCAAUUUUGGGCUAGCAUUUGGUAAGUAGACGUCAAACAUUUCGCAUAUUUACCAAAUACUAGCCUAAAAUUGACCAAACUUGCCACAAAGUCGGCUGAGUACAGAGCCUAGUUUAGACCUCAAAAAUUUAUACGACUGCGUGUCCUUAGUGUUUUGGUCUCUUUCUUCAGACGAUUCGUUAGGUGGUGAUAUGUACUGGUCAUUAGGACUUCAUCUCUAUACACCUCUACCAUUUCGACCCGGUGGUUUCGCUGAAAGGUUCCGUACUCAUAUGUUUGCUACUGCUGGGAAUCUCGCGCAAUUUACUGAAGGUACUGUACAGUAUAUGGAUUCUUUCUUUCCAAAAUCUUAUGUAAGAUUUUUUAUGUAAAAUCUCCUUUCUCUUCGUGCGAAUCAUACUCAUGAAAAAUUCUUAUUCGCUGAGGGCAAUGUAAUAUUAUUAGUGAGCUUAAGCAAGCGACGUUUUUGGUUUUUUAUUGAUUGACUGAUUGAUUGAUUGAUUGAUUGAUUACGUUAUGUGCUCUUCAAUGGAGACGUGUACAUAUACUAGUAGACUAAUUACUAAUAAAAAGUAUCAAACUAUUUACAAAAGUAACAAACUACACAUGCAAAGAAACUAAUAUAAAAGAAAUAUUAAGAUAUUUUAGAUUUAAACUCAGCGAGAGAUUGAACUCUAGUGAGUUUGACGUGUAUGUCAUUCCAUAUAGGGUAGCUCCUCUAUAGGAAAAACCUUUCUUCAAGGAUUCCGUUAAGGGUCUUGGUACAAAUGUUUAUGAUUAGAUCCACGCAAACUAUGUUCGUGUAUCAUUGACGUGGAAGUAAAUUUUCCAGACAAGUAACUAGGAACUACUUACUUGUUAACAGUUUUGUACAUAAAAGUUUUGAAUUGUUGGGUACGUCUGGUUUCAAGGUUUGUCCAAUUCAAUGAUGUUAAAAUAUCUGAUGACCGGAUGUUAUAAUCACAUUCAGUAAUAAUCCUUGCAGCCCUAUUCUGUAAUCUCUGUAACUUUUGUCCAAGACCCUUACCUAGGCUAUCCCAGACAAUACUACAAUAAUCAAAGUAUGGCUGUGCUAAAGCGUUAUAGAUCAUGACAAGAGUUGACUGUGGGAGCAAUGGUUUUAGUCUUCGUAGAACUCCAAUCACCUUGGAGACUUUGGAGAUUAUAGUUGAAACAUGAUGCUCCCAUGUCAAACUCUCGUCCAGUUUUAAACCUAAACACUUUCUUUCAAUUUCGUUUCCGGAGAUAGCUAUAUUAGGUUCUUCAGGAAUAGUACUUAAUUUUUGCCUGGAUGCCAUAAACAUAAAUUUAGUUUUAAUCGCAUUCAGGCUUAGUUUAUUCAGGAUAAGCCAGUUUUGGAGAGUUUUAAGGUCGUCAUUUAGAACAGAAAUCAACUUGUUAGGGUUGCUGUCCGCAAAAGUCAAGUUGGUAUCAUCAGCGAAUUUGUCAACAAUAGGUAUAGUUAAUUUUGGCGGCAUUUUGCAUCAUAACGCUUGUGUAAGGAAGCAAAUUAGCGAAGAUUAGCACAAACUGACACAAAAACAGUUUUUAAACCAGUUCCCCCUCGGAAAUCCGAGGUCCGUGUUCACAAAAAUUUCGCUUGUUUAGUGGCGAAAAGAUAUUUUUAUGGAAAAAGUCUUCCUGUUAAUGAUUUAUCACUGUGGUUUACCUAGUUUCUCUUGUGGGGGAAUUUCAUAUAGUAUUUUCACACAUGGAAUUUUGUGUGGAAUGUCAAUAAUUUGGUAACAAUCUUAUGUUUGGCGCACGAAUAUAUUUCAAUUUCCAACCUGCGAGCGGGCAUGAUACUCUGUCUUACGAAAUUAGGGGUAACUCUAACCCUAUUGUGCGCGAAACAUGAGGAUCCAGCCGAUAUUUUUCAUUGGGGAUGAUCUUUUGCGCAUUAAGUGUAUAUGUGAUGCGUGCGAUCAUUAAUUAUGCAUGAUAUCGUGUUUAAUUGACAUACUGUAACUCCAUAAAUUUUCCGGUUACCCUUAGGGGCGGACUAUUACAACUUAUGGGGGAAGGGGGGAAUUCGGCUGCUUACUUGUGAUGGAAUUUUUUGCGAGAUUUUUAAGGUGUUUUUUCCCAUGCGACCACCACCCCCAUCACUUUUCUAAUGGUCCGCCCCUUACACGAUUGAAAUAUUUUAUCUGAUAACCAAUCACUGACCAUGAAUACGCUACAAAACAAUCCUAGAUACACCUUGGAAAAAGCGAAUAGAAUCUCUAGGUGAAAACGUUCGAUGGUCGUAUGGAGCAGGACUCGUCUUAUUGGCUGGGAUAGCUCGGUUUGAGUUAAACUACUGCAUUUUAGGAUGGAACUCUCUUACUGACAGGUAAAUAUCUAUACGUCGGAUGUUUUUGUGCAGCAUAAUUCACCAAGGAAAUCUUGAAAAAGAUAUGCAUCAUUCUAAACAGUGAACAAUAUGGGGGGCGUAACCUCGUAAUACUUUCAUCUAUCACAUAAAAUCGGUUGCUCGGUCUCAAAAAGCGUGGUCACAAAAUGGCGGAAAUAUGAGAGUGAUUGCUCAUGGAUUAUAUACAGCUAUUUCAAUCAAGGUUGUCCACUAGCAAAGCGGAAAAGUCGAAUACGAGCGCGAAAGGCUGCUGCAUGGGAACCGCUUUGAAAAUUCAUUAAUUUGUUAGCAAUUCCCAGCAGCCUUUCGCGCUCGUAUUCGACUUUUCCGCUUUGCUCAUGGACAACCUUAAUUGAAAUAGCUGUAUAUCAUAGAUUAAAAUAUAUACUAUACAUAAUUAAUAUGUACAGAUUUUAUACUUUAUACUUUUACAAAAACGAAUAACAGUGCAAAUUAUAAAUGCAAAUCUACAACAUUAAAUUGUGUACAUCCCCAAUUUUUAUAAAAUACAGUAAAUCACCAAGGUUUGAUAAACAUUUUACUGAUCUGCUACCCAAGAUAAUUUGUUUGAACCUCACCCAUUUGACAAAAAUCCUCAAAAUAUAAAAUCCCGUAGAUGAAAGACUAUUAAAGGUACAAGUCUGAACUUUUGGAUUUUUACAUGUCUUCUACCUAUUGAAGAGGUGUGGUUCUACCCCCUGGAUGAAUGGACAUGGAAUUACCCAAAAACAACUUUAUAUGCGAAAGAAGGAAGAAAUUUGUAUCACAUUUUGUUUGUUCUGUGACCAAAUAUAUUUUGUUUUGACCGAAAUUAUCAAACAGUUGCCAAAAAGUCCAAAUUUUGCACGGAAAAUAUUUUGCUAUGCACCAGCAGUAUACUGUUUACUUCAGUAUUGCCUCCCAUUAGCAGUUACUCCCAUAUUUGUCAGCUUCAAUGUGCCACGCAAGCUUUCAGUCAAAAAGUAUUACAGCAAGCAUUCCAGAUAUAUUUAUAUAUACAUCUAUUUCAAUUAAGGUUGUCCACGAGCAAAGCGGAAAAGUCGAAUACGAGCGCGAAAGGCUGCUGGGAAUCGCUAAAAAAUUAAUAAAUUUAUUAGCGAUUCCCAGCAUUCUUUCGCGCUCGUAUUCGACUUUUCCGCUUUGCUCGGGGACAACCUUAAUUGAAACAGCUGUAUGCAUGUCAAUGCAAUUGGGGCUGGCUACACCUCUGAAGCUGAUUUUAGUUUUUAUACCGCCAUAUAUUAAUUAUAUUUUUGCUUUCUUUAGUAUCAACGCUGGUCUACAAUUCGGUGUUGGUAUCAACGACUUAUAGCGAGAUUUUAUUUAGAUAUAUUUGAAAUAAUACGAUACUUUCUGUACAAAAAUUUGCCGAAAACGGCUUUGAUCCUUUAUCUGUAAUGUGUUAUGAAUGUAUGGUAACUCAGGGCUCUUUUAUUCUGAGGUCAGACUGAAUUACCGUCUGAGAAAUACUACGUGAGUAUACUCUUAUACUGCAGUCUAAGAACAGUCACGCCGCAGAUUAAAGCUGCCAGAUUUGAAUAGUAGAUUCUGAUUGGUCAAAUUUGGCUGACUCGUGUUAUCUUAAAUUUAAGUUUU